UGCCGCGGGGAGGGGCGGGCGUUAGCGCCGCAGCCAGGCUAGGGGGACGCUCCGGCUCCGCAGCCCCGACGCCGCCGGCUGUCCUUCCAAUGCCCAGGGCUGCCGGCGCCGGGCGCCUCCGCCCCGUUAUCCUCUGUUCCGGGCUCGCCCGGGGCGCCACGUGACCGCGGAUCCGGCUGCGGUGGCUUCGCUCGGCUGCCCCGGCUCGCCCGCUUCCCGCCCGCCCGGCUGCAUGGGUCCCGCGCCCCGCUGCCAGCGCGCCGCCCCGGGCAGCAGUGGGCGCGGCGGGGCCCCGCGGCCGGCGUGCGCCAUGGACCUGUCGGUGGGGUACUUGGCCAGGGGCCGGACGCUGGUGACCAGACGUAUGAUGGCUCAACCAGAUUCAGAUCUAGAAGAGGAUGCUUUAAAGGAGGAUUUGAAGUUUUACUUCAUGAACCCAUGUGAAAAAUACAGAGCCAGACGUCAAAUCCCUUGGAAACUGGGUUUGCAGAUACUAAAGAUAGUUAUGGUUACCACACAGCUUAUUCUUUUUGGUUUGAGUAACCAGCUGGUGGUUUCCUUCAAAGAGGAGAACACUAUUGCCUUUAAGCAUCUGUUUCUGAAAGGCUACUCAGGAGUUGAUGAAGAUGAUUAUAGUUGCAGUGUAUACACACAGCAGGAUGUUUAUGACAGCAUUUUUUUUGCUAUUAAUCAGUACCGCCAAUUAAAGACGAUAUCCCUGGGCACACUUGGUUACGAACAAGAUGAAGACGAUAUGUCAGGCUUACAGAUCUGUAAACAACAGUACAAGAAAGGCACAAUGCUUCCUUCCAAUGAUUCGCUGAACAUAGACAUUGCCAUUGAAACAGACUGUAUUCACCUAGAGCCACAGAUGCUAGCCACUACGAGAUCUGGUGAUUUGAAGAUGAUAAAUUCAUCAUUUUUCAACUUCGAAUUUUAUAGGCUUAUACAGGUUGAAAUCUCCUUUCAACUUAAAGGCAUUGAUCUACAAACAAUUCAUGCCAGAGAAUUGCCUGACUGCUAUGCCUUUCAGAAUACUAUUACUUUCAACAACAGAGCCCACAGUGGUAAAGUAAAAAUUUAUUUUGAUAGUGAUGCUGAUAUUCAAGAAUGCAAAGACUGGCAUAUAUCUGGAUCUAUAGUUCAGAAAAACACUCAAUAUAUUUUGGUUUUUGAUGGAUUUGUCAUCGUAAGUUGCUUUGCUUCCCUUAUACUCUGCACACGAUCCAUUGUUCUUGCUCUGAAAUUGCAAAAAAGAUUUGUGAAUUUCUUCCUGGAAAAGUACAAACGUCAUGUCUGUCAUGCUGAUCGUCUGGAGUUUAUAAAUGGAUGGUAUGUCCUGGUGAUUAUCAGUGAUGUGAUGACAAUCAUUGGAUCUAUAAUGAAAAUGGAAAUAAAAGCCAAGAACCUCACAAGUUAUGAUGUUUGCAGCAUCUUACUUGGAACAUCGACUUUGUUUGUUUGGGUUGGAGUCAUCCGAUACUUAGGAUAUUUCCAGACAUACAAUGUGCUCAUUUUAACAAUGCAAGCAUCAUUACCCAAAGUUCUAAGAUUUUGUUGUUGUGCUGGGAUGAUAUAUCUUGGCUAUACAUUCUGUGGCUGGAUUGUAUUAGGGCCUUAUCAUGAAAAGUUUGAAGAUCUGAACACAGUUGCUGAAUGUCUGUUUUCUUUGGUCAAUGGUGAUGACAUGUUUGCAACAUUUGCUCAAAUCCAGCAGAAGAGCACCUUGGUGUGGCUGUUCAGUCGAUUAUAUCUGUAUUCCUUCAUUAGCCUAUUUAUAUACAUGAUCCUCAGCCUUUUUAUUGCACUCAUUACAGACUCUUAUGACACCAUAAAGAAAUACCAGCAAAACGGCUUUCCAGUAACAGAUCUUCAUGAAUUCCUUAAAGAAUGCAGUAGCACAGACUAUAGCAAAGAACCACAGGCUUCCAUGCCUUUCAUCUGCUGUUGUAGGAGACGAGGAAGUGAUGACAACUUGAUACUUAUUAACUGACAACCUACUGCUGAAAUUCACUGCUCAAGAAUGUUCAGAAGGAACAAACAGCUGUGGAAAAACAGCCCCCCAGAUUUCAAGAAGAUCUGUCAUUUGGGGCUAUUUCCUUGUAAACAUUAUGAUCCUAUUUACUUCAAUAGUUUGGGGAGGCGAGCAGGGCAAAAAGCUGCUAAUGGUUGGUGUCAGCUGGGUGACCACAUUGGAAAUUCAAAAGCUACCUUUCUUUGGACUAGAAUGAUGAACUGAUGACCAUUCCCACUCUGUGUUCUACCGUCUGAGGCCUGAACCUGAGAGACACUGUCUGUGGGAGCUGUCGUUUGCUCAGCACCUUCUUCAGAUCAGGCCCCAAACUAAUCUUCUGAUUCUUAAAUAUUUAUAUUAAGGAACAUAUUUAAAAAGGAUUAAACACACUUGUUUUUAAGUAGAAUGUUGAAUAUUGCAGUUAUUGGUAAGGGGUGUUUCAGGUCAUUCAUUUAAAGUGAUGUAUUGGAAAUGGAGAUUGUAAUUCCUAUUUGACAUAAAACAUGAUUCAGUUGCUUGAAAUAAAUUUGUGUAAUGCAGAGCUGUACAAAAAUGCAAAAUAAUUGUCUUCAUGUGCGUUAAAUUGAUUGAUUUAAUUGUUAAGCCAUUUAUAUAUCGCUAAACUUGCCUACCAGUUUGUUUGUACGAAACAAAAGCAAUUUGUAGUUGCCCACUUCCUUUGUCUUCUGGCGGUGGGCUUACUCCAUUAUAUAAAAAAUCUUCAGUGUGUGUGAUAGACACAUAGUAUGUUCGUUUGGGUACUUCAUCACAUUACUUAUUGGCAAAUAAGUCACAUAUGAUGUGAAUGUAAGCUUUCAGCACAGAUAUCACACAAGGGAUAACUUUUUAAUGAAAACUCACCUAAUUUCUGCCUAGUUUACCCUUCAAGUUUGACAUGGUAGUUCCAUACAGAAUAAAUCCCUUUUAAAAGUACAUUACUUGGGGCACUGAUUUACUGAUGUUUCUAUUCCAAGCACAGGUUGAGAGAAGGAGAAUAUAUAGUUGCAAAUUCAAAGACUGUUCAUACAGGCCAAGAUUUUCAAGUGGUUGGUGAUUUUGUGUUGAUAUGAGUGCCCAACCUGAGACCCCUUAAAACAGCCUGAUUUUCUGAGGGGAGGGUGCUCAGCACUUUCUGCAAAUCAGGUUUCUUAAGGUGUUUCAAGUCUGGAACCCCAAAUUUGAAGCAUUCAGAAUCACUACUCACUUUUGAAAAUCUUGGUUGUAACCACGGUCCUCAGAUGAGAUGGAUUACUGCUUCAAGCGUCUUGAUUAAUCUGAGCAAGCAUACAGUGCCUGAUGGCAAAGGUGGUUAGUCACAGGUUAGGAAGACUGUGUGCUCUGGUGAUCAGGGCAACAAACUGAGACUUGGGUUUUCUGCAUUUCUAUUCUUGGCUCUGCUAUUGACCUUAGGUCCUCUUUCCCAGUGGGAAGGAAAGUGCUUACAUCUGAUGUAAUGGGAGCAUUGAGACCCCUAGAAGCAUUUGUAAAACACUCUUUGAGAGCCUUGGAUAAAAGAUGCUAUAAAGAAUGAAAUGUUUUAUAGGCAAUGGGCACUUUACUAUGAAGCUGUCUCCCCCAGUUAGACAUACCAUCCUCUGCAUUAAAAAGCUUUUUUACUAAAAAAUCUCCAUAAAGAAGUGCUAAAAUCAGUAUUCAGUGUAUGGAACUUCUAGUUACUGUUAAAAAUCUCAAACACAAUGUUUAUCCAUAUUUUGUUUGACUGUAACUCAUGUCUUGGUGAGAGCCUUUAAAUAUGGUCUAGCGAGUUAAGAGGAAAUUUUGGCUGUGAUUUAUUUACAAAGAGUUGUCAGACGAAGGAUGAAACUCUGCUGAGACUGUUAAGUGAUGCAUAUAUUAAUUCUGGGGCUGGGCAGCCGAGACCCCACAUUUUCCAGCAGAAGCACCUUGAUUAAACUAUCCCUGAACAUAUGUGUUCCUUUGUACCAAGAUGGUGGUCCUGCAAGAUGUGUUGCCAAAAAAUCAAACCAAACCUGUUUUCUUAUUUCUUGAAUUACUGGUAACUUGCACAGCACUUUAUGAACAUACCAUGUGAGGCGGUACAGGGUAAAUUCUGUGCUCAGUUAUGUUGUGUAACUGGAGUGAACUCCCUUGAUGUCUCUAGAGUUGCUCUGGAUUUACUCCUGUAAACUGGAUUUGAGCUACUGCCCCUCCUGGAAAUAGCUUACAAUCUAAUGUUGGUAGAAAAUGAAUGACAGCCGUGAUGGUCUGAACCCAGGUUCUAACUGACGGAUGCUCCGAUGGCAAACCCACUACUGGAGUUAAGAAAAUAGAUUGAUUUAUUAACUUUAUUCCUCGCUCCGCAAAGCACCUUAGGGAAAUGGUGAAUAUGGAAUGUGCUACAUAAAGCUAAGUACUGUUCCUCCUAAGCUGCAGGCUGGCACUCCCGAAAGAACUCUCUCAAGCUGUGGGAGCUAACCCUGUUGCUACAGCAUUUGCAGCUGGGCCUUGCACUGAGCUACAUAAUCCAUAAGUGCUGAGGAUGCUGAGCAUCCCUGGGCUCUUGGUUGUGGGGUGGAAGGAGAGAGAAAGGCAAGGAGGGUUUGAAAAUGAGUAUAACCAAAAUCCUGAAUGCUUUGCUGGUCUAUCCCCUGUAGGCUCUUAUACCAUGCUCAUCAUCAUAGAACAGAAAACUUCACUGCACCACUGUCACCCCUUCUGACAACAAAAAUUACUACAUAGCCCCAGGAGUGGGGACCGAAGCCUAAGCCUGCCUGCACCCUGCUGCCCUGGGCAGGGGGGCCAAAGCCCAAGGGCUUCAGCCCCGGGUGGGAGGCCUGUAACCUGAGCCCCACCACCCAGGGCCGAAGCUUUAGCCCCGGGACUCAGCAAGUCUAACGCCAGCCCUGGCGACCCCAUUAAAACUGGGUUGCGACCCACUUUGGAGUCCCGACCCAUAGCUUGAGAACCGCUGCCAUAGAAUGAGAGCAUUGCAGUAGAGCAUUAAGUAACAUGCCAUAUGUCUGUCAUGUGGUGGUGAUUUUCUCAUCCUUUCCCAAUGGGGAGCAGCAUGUGUGGUGGAGUUUUUUGUUUUGGUAGGGUUUUUGGUUUUUUUAAAUAUAUACGUUACUAUCAAU